ACAGUUUGUUUUGUUUCAUUCCAUUUGAGAAUGUGAAUUGUGAUUAUUUUAAUUUAAAUUUUAAAAUAAUGUCUCUUCGAAAAGUACUCUUUUUAACAAAAGCCGUGUGUUGCGGAAGUUCUAAGUAUAAAACAACGAAUAUUUGCCGGCAGAACUUGUGGUUGAUAUCGGCUGGUUCAACGAGAUUUUAUUCUGCCGAUAACUUAGGUAAUAAGAAUAAAGAGGACAAAUCCCCUGAAAAAGUUGAUAUACUCGGCCGUUUCUUUCCCCAAAAUAAUUUAAAUACCAAAGAUGCUCAAGAAGUCAAGAAAGAACAAGAGAAAUUUGAAAAGGAACAGAAAGAGAAGUCAGAAGAAAAUGAGAAGAGUUGGAGAAGAAUGAAAAUUGGUUUCGCAGUGUUUGGUGGAGCCCUAACAGUAAUGGGUGGGUGUAUGGUGGUAGAGAUGGGAGCGCCCAAGCGAGGUGACGACGGUCAGCUGCUCACUGAUGAAUUCUCUCAUUUACCUAUUGUGUGGCAGUACAUGAGACGCACAUGGAAAGAACUUACUUUUUAUGAAAAGAUGAUAAAAGAGCCUUCUCGCGAGAAGCUGCUGCCAGACCCCUUGCCACCACCAUACCAGCCCACCUACACACUUGUGCUUGAAUUCACUGAUGUGUUGGUACAUCCUGAUUGGUCGUAUCAGACUGGAUGGAGAUUCAAGAAACGUCCCGGCGUGGAUCAAUUCUUGCAAACUGUAUCUAAUUCAGACUAUGAAGUGGUUAUAUUCACAUCUGAGAAUGUGUUCAUGAUAUGGCCAGUUUUAGAUAAACUCGAUCCGGAAAAUAAGCUGAUUUCCUAUAGACUGUUUAGAGAUUCCACUCAUUUCAUAGAUGGCGUGCAUGUUAAGAACUUGGAGGGGUUAAAUAGGGACUUGUCAAAGGUAAUUGUAGUAGACUGGAACAAGCAAGCGACAAAGUUCCAACCAGAAAACGCACUCAUCUUACAGAAGUGGAAGGGCGCUGAUGAUGAUACUGCGCUUCUGGAUCUAGCUAACUUAUUGCAAACGAUAGCCAUGUCGAAUGUGGCCGACGUGCGCGAAGUGCUCACGUACUACGGCCAGUUCGAGGACCCGAUAGCGGCGUUCCGCGACAACCAGCGCAAGCUGCUCGAGCAGAUGGAAGCGGAUAAGCGUGAGCGGGAUGCUGCGCCUGCGCAGUCGCUCGCCGGCAACUGGCUGAGGACGUUUACUAGGCGGUAGUUAAAUGAAGUAUCGUGUCCUUGCUUGAAUUAGAAGAGUUAUUGAGAGAGAGUAUGAAGUAAACUAUCACAUUGCUAUGAUGAUCCUGUAGUCAUCACAGGUUGAAAUAACUUUAAUUUGAUAAUCUCAAGCCCCGUGAAACCUGACAUUUGAAUUUUGAAUGUUUUGUUUCAGAAAUAUUAAGAAAACUUAUUUUCGUGCUAAAAUGAGUUUGAAACGUUUGUUCCUAAAGUUCAAAUUGCCUUGAAAGACCCAACUCACUGUAUUGUACCUUUACUUUAUUUAGUAUUUUUAUUGAGUAGUUUCCUGUAAAUAUUACAAAAAUAUAUGAAUAAUAUGUACUAAUUGUUUGUUUAUGCUGAUUGAUGAAAUGUAUUUUUUUUAGUUUCCCUAUCCUGUCAUAAAAAAGUCCUAGUCCUCUUUUCAUUUAGAAGUAUUGCUCCUCUGCACCAUGUUACAUAUGUAUAUUGUCACAAUUUACAUCAAAGGGAUUCGUAUUACAUUACGCACAAUAGAAAGCAUUUGCCCACUGUUUAGUUACAGAAAAUCUUUAUUAUUUGAAGGAUUUUUAUUUAUCGGAUAGCAUUUCAUAGUCUUAUUACUAUAGUACAUAAUAUGUAUGUAAAAAGUCUUAAUUUCAAAAUUAUAAAAUCACAUCGACGCUAUAUUUUUUUAAUGUACUCAAGUUCCUUCUAUCAAUCCAAUGUUAGUUCCUUCUACCUAUGUUCAAUAUAUACUUACUCUAAUGGAAUUUUAUUUUCACGCUUUUAUUAGCUUCACGGCUUCACCUGUAUUCUUGUAUGUAACCGACAGCUUUAGACUCGAUUUUGACCCUUUUUAAAAAGACGGAUUUAAUUCCAACUUUGUACUCAGAAGGAUCGGUGAGAAUACAAUAAAUUCAUGAGUGUAGGCGUGUUUUUUAGUUUUUUUUUUUUAAUUAUUUUUCAUUAAUAAGUAUCUACCAUAGAGGUUCUGGCUUAUGAAUUAUCCAAUAUAAAUUGGAUUAUUACCUACCUAAUUUAAGUGGCCGUUAAAAUACCGUAGCAUAGAAAGGAAGAUUCCAUUGAUAACUACUAAUAGUAAACUUUACAAAUUUUGGUUCAUCUUUUGAAGAGUUCGAUUAUGUCUAACUAAAUAACCGCAAUGGUUAUGAUAUAAUAUUUUCCGUUAAGUUUUGUUAUUGUUAUUGUGUAAAUGUAACAUGUUCGUGUGUUGAGCGGCGUGCGAGUGUGCUGUCAGUUAGUGAAUAUAGAUUGUUUAUGGA